AUGGAAGAGAAGGCCCCUGCAGCUGAGAAUAUCUUGCGCCAACUGGAUCUGUUGAAGAAACUAGACCUCUCAGAUAUUGAGGUUCAAAUUCUUGAUAUUCUAGCCUACGACGUUCGAGCGACCAGUUGGGGGACCGCUUCAGAGGCUGCAUUCUACUUGGACGCUCUGUGCCCUCCUCUAGAACAGCGCAAAGAGGCAGAAGGCUACUUCUAUGUCAUUUGGGGCCUCGUAACAGAUAUUGCAACCAGUCAUGACGUGACAAAAGAGACGCAAACUCAUCUCGUCAACACCCUGUCAGCAUUGCAGCAAUGUGCAAAAGGUGAAAUCGACAUCUGGCGUAAAAACACAGCUAUCAAGAGUCUUCCCAAGACCUUCCGCGAUACGAUCGCGCUGGCUCAUCACUUCAAUAUUCAUUGGAAGAAAGAGUCCUCCAGAAUGGACCACGUGUACUCCAACUCCACCUGCAACAUCGUUGCCGCACACUCCGAGGGACCCGAUGGUGGACUCUUCACAGCGAGAGAUCCAUCCGUCUUGGAAUCGUUUGUUGUUUGUUCAGAGAGGACGGAUAUCCCGUCUGGCAAAUACACCGUCUGGGAUUACACGUCCAUCCUAAACGACUACAACAGAGCCCCGCUGUACGAGCGCGGUUGGGUCUUCCAAGAGCGCUUACUACCCAAAAGGACUCUUCCCUUCGAGGAAGAGGAUUUGCCAGAGGAUGAAGAAAUGUUCGCAACUGUCUGCGAGCACCUGGUUGAGGAGUACUCGGGCUGUAGCUUGACCUACGAAAAGGACAAGCUCGCGGCCUUGAAUGGAAUGACCGGCAUCUUUUCUAAUGCCUCCUUGAGUCGAUACAUUUCUGGCAUCUGGAAUACACACAUCGUCCGACAAAUUUGCUGGAGCUUGAACCCUGCGGCGGAAAAGAAGCCCCGACCUGCUCAUCCCGCCCCAUCUUGGUCGUGGGCUUCCGUGCAAAGCAAGGUCUCGUUCAAGGCCAUCGUGAACAACGACGAGAGCAUCUUACAUCUCGCGCGUCAUUUCUACCAUAGCGCCCAUAGCGAUGCUCCCGCAGGACGCCGCAUACCACUCGGAGGCUAUAUCGGCAUGAGCGGCAGCGUUCAUACUCUCAAAGUGUCGCACAUGUCCAACGACGGGGUUUCGCUGAGUCUUGAUGGAAGGUCGGAGCGGCUGGACUACAACCCUUUCGUCUUUGACUUUUAUCGGAAGGAUUUACUCCCCGUGGAGGUGGUCAUCUUGCCACUCAUGUGUACCAGGGAACCUCCCGUCAACGCAGAGGGCGUCGAGAUUGCCGGUUUGAUAUUGCAUCCUUUGGGCUACAUCAUCGACGACUGCGGGAACAUGGCACUUCGAGGAUCCUACAGCUACGAACGUGUGGGGCUCUUCAACUUCAGGCCAUAUGAUGGGAAAGGACAACGAUUGCUCUACGGGUCACAUUUCACCGAGGCAGAGAAAAUCAAAGGCCCGUACAGGAGCAAUCACCGUAUACAUUUAGAGUAG